AGUGGAGCGUCGUCCGCGUUUUGUGGCUGCGUCGCUUAAUUGGCCCAAAAGUAUCUCAAGUGUGUGAUUGUGAAAGUUCCUGAGCAAGAAUAGAUAAUGUACGUGCGACGAGCUCUGCUCCUGGCCUGCUUGCUGUGCCUCCAUCCUCUGAGUCCCUCGUUGGCCGAGGAGGAUGAAUCCAAUCCGCUGCUGGACAUGGCCUCCAUGUUCUUCCAGGAGGCGCUGUCCAACCAGAACGGUGGCAACAACGGUGGAGGUGGUGGCGGCGGCGGAGGCGCUGGGCUGGCGGGCGUGGCCUCGCUCCUGGGCACCUUCAUGCAGGCCAACGGAAAGGCCGGAGGAGCAGGUGGCGGCGGCGGAGCAAUGCAGAUCCUCUCGGGCCUGGGCAGUCUCCUGUCCAAGAACGGCGGUCAGGGCGGUGGCUUCGAUCCCUCCAUCAUCGGCAAUGUCCUGGAGAUGUUCACCCAGGGCGACGAUGAGGAGAGCACCCCCAAUCAAAAGCGCAGCAGUGGCGGUGGUUCCGAGUCGGGAAUCGGUCUUGAUACCAUCCUCCAAGUGGCUUCGGCCUUCAUGAACAACCAGGGCAGCGAUAAAAGCUCCCAUCACCACCAGAAACGGUCGGCUGGCGAGGAACCCGAAGGCGACAAUGGGCUGAUGAACCUCCUGCCCCUGGUGAUGCAGGCGGUCAGCUCCUUCGCCGGUCCCGAGGGCCAGAGCACCCAGGAGAAGCACAAGAGCCACGCCUGGGUGCUGCCCCCCUUCCUGGAGCACAUCCACGUGCUGUGGGACCACUUCUCCAACUCCGAACUGGCCGAUGCCCUCUACGAGAAGUCCGGAGUCAACAAGAUCAUGAAGGGCUUCAAGGGCAGCGAUGGCAAGCUGGACUACGACAAGCUGUUUGAGUCGCUGAACAACCAAUCCUUCCGCCGGAGGUGGAUCAAGUCGGCGACACUCUACCUGGCCGACUGGGCCAGCUACCUGGCCAAUCCCGAUGUUUAUCUCAGGUACUUCCAGACGGCUCAGAUCAUGUUUAACGGGCUGCUGAAGUCUCAAGGUUACCCCAAGCAGACCCACUUCGAUCCGUCGCGACCCGGCGAGACCAUCUCCAACCUGCUGGACCAUGUGGCCAAGCACCAUCUGAACGUGAAGAUCGAUUCGCGGCAGUACGUCAAGCCGGCGGUGGGCUACGCCAAGGAGCUACUGAAACUGGGCCAGGCACGCGGACUGCUGCAGUUCAACGCCACCGAGAUCAGCGACAAGCUAACGGACACGCUCAACCUGGAGGUUAUUGAACCGGUGCUGAAAGUCCACCGCGCCUACAGAUACAUCUCGAAGUCGCCGCAGUGCGAUCGCUACGUGCUCUGCCAGCUGAAUGCAGCCGCUCUGGAGCAGCAGGAGAAGCAGAGGCAGCACGACCAGUACCAGCAGCACCACCAGCCGAAGCAGCACCAGCAGCACCACCAGAAUCGUCAGACAUCGGCCUCCGGUUUAAUUGCCGGAGUCAGUCCGAAAAUCGUCAAGAUCGGCAGCAUGGGUGCCGCGAUCUUCAUUAGCACGGAAACCGGUACGCCGUUCUGGACGCUAUUCGGUGUGAUCAAUGCGCCAUACAAUUGCGAGGCCAAAUACCCAGUCGACUGCAAUGGUUUCCACGAGGGCGAGGCCAAGGUGACCACCGAAUACAUCCACAACGAGUUGUAGUUGCCCCAAUCCAGGUGCGGAUCGAGUUCGGGAUCCGGAGGAGAAGGAGAAGGGGAAGUUAAAGGCUCAUUAAGACGAUUUAGCUGUAAUUGAGAUAAAGAUUUCGUGUGUAUAUAGUAUUACGGAUUGAAAUACAUUUAAAUUUAAACUAA